GAGGAGAGAGGCACCAGGGGGAGGAGACGGGGAAGUGGAAGGGACAAAAGAAAAGGAUGAGUGGCGGUGGACGAGCAAGCUCAGGACAGGUCCUGGUUCUCUCAUGGCUGCUCGUUGUCCCCUCUCUGACCCAGGUUCGCCACUCUCUGCCAGUCUUGUGGAUCAUGCCACUGACAGACAACCCAGGGCGGGGAAACCUCACGGCAUCCGUGUUGCCUGCUGUCCAGCUCGCUCUAGACGACCUGAGCAAGCAGCAGACUCCUCUAAGAAACUAUGAGAUCAAUUUUCACAUCAUAGAUUCAGAGGUAACAUUUGCUGGUGUAUUAGUGGACUUGUGGUUUUUGACCAACAAGCCUCUGUUAGUGGUGUGUACAUUGUUUACGUGGAGAACAAUGUGAAAAUGAGUGUAUUUUAAUGCAAAAAAAACCCACCUAAUGUAAGCUAUUCAGUGCAUUUGGAGUCAUGAUGAAGGGAGUGGGACAGUUCACUUUGUUUUCUCUUUGUCUUUUAGUGUGAUACUGCCAAAGGACUUAAAGCCUUCUUUGAUGCUAUAUGCUUUGGGCCUAAAUACUUAAUGAUCUUUGGAGGUGUGUGUCCAUCAGUCACAUCCGUCCUUGCUGAAUCACUACAGCGGUGGAACCUUGUACAGGUAUCAGGCACUGAGCAAACAUUUUACAUCACAAUGUAUUGUUUAUCAGAAUAGAGCAUGUUAUUUAAUAGGUGACAUACAGUGCAUUCGGAAAGCAUUCAGACCCCUUUACUUUUUCCACAUUUUGUUACAUUACAGCCUUAUUCUAAAAUGUAUUAAAUUAAUUUAAACAACGGAGAUACAGUGGGGAAAAAAAGUAUUUAGUCAGCCACCAAUUGUGCAAGUUCUCCCACUUAAAAAGAUGAGAGAGGCCUGUAAUUUUCAUCAUAGGUACACGUGAACUAUGACAGACAAAUUGAGGGAAAAAAAUCCAGAAAAUCACAUUGUAGGAUUUUUAAUGAAUUUAUUUGCAAAUUAUGGUGGAAAAUAAGUAUUUGGUCACCUACAAACAAGCAAGAUUUCUGGCUCUCACAGACCUGUAACUUCUUCUUUAAGAGGCUCUUCUGUCCUCCACUCGUUACCUGUAUUAAUGGCACCUGUUUGAACUUGAUAUCAGUAUAAAAGACACCUGUCCACAACCUCAAACAGUCACACUCCAAACUCCACUAUGGCCAAGACCAAAGAGCUGUCAAAGGACACCAGAAACAAAAUUGUAGACCUGCACCAGGCUGGGAAGACUGAAUCUGCAAUAGGUAAGCAGCUUGGUUUGAAGAAAUCAACUGUGGGAGCAAUUAUUAGGAAAUGGAAGACAUACAAGACCACUGAUAAUCUCCCUCGAUCUGGGGCUCCACGCAAGAUCUCACCCCGUGGGGUCAAAAUGAUCACAAGAACGGUGAGCAAAAAUCCCAGAACCACACGGGGGGACCUAGUGAAUGACCUGCAGAGAGCUGGGACCAAAGUAACAAAGCCUACCAUCAGUAACACACUACGCCGCCAGGGACUCAAAUCCUGCAGUGCCAGACGUGUCCCCCUGCUUAAGCCAGUACAUGUCCAGACCCGUCUGAAGUUUGCUAGAGUGCAUUUGGAUGAUCCAGAAGAGGAUUGGGAGAAUGUCAUAUGGUCAGAUGAAACCAAAAUAGAACUUUUUGGUAAAAACUCAACUCGUCGUGUUUGGAGGACAAAGAAUGCUGAGUUGCAUCCAAAGAACACCAUACCUACUGUGAAGCAUGGGGGUGGAAACAUCAUGCUUUGGGGCUGUUUUUCUGCAAAGGGACCAGGACGACUGAUCCGUGUAAAGGAAAGAAUGAAUGGGGCCAUGUAUUGUGAGAUUUUGAGUGAAAACCUCCUUCCAUCAGCAAGGGCAUUGAAGAUGAAACGUGGCUGGGUCUUUCAGCAUGACAAUGAUCCCAAACACACCGCCCGGGCAACGAAGGAGUGGCUUCGUAAGAAGCAUUUCAAGGUCCUGGAGUGGCCUAGCCAGUCUCCAGAUCUCAACCCCAUAGAAAAUCUUUGGAGGGAGUUGAAAGUCCGUGUUGCCCAGUGACAGCCCCAAAACAUCACUGCUCUAGAGGAGAUCUGCAUGGAGGAAUGGGCCAAAAUACCAGCAACAGUGUGUGAAAACCUUGUGAAGACUUACAGAAAACGUUUGACCUGUGUCAUUGCCAACAAAGGGUAUAUAACAAAGUAUUGAGAAACUUUUGUUAUUGACCAAAUACUUAUUUUCCACCAUAAUUUGCAAAUAAAUUCAUAAAAAAUCCUACAAUGUGAUUUUCUGGAAUUUUUUUUCUCAUUUUGUCUGUCAUAGUUGGCGUGUACCUAUGAUGAAAAUUACAGGCCUCUCUCAUCUUUUUAAGUGGGAGAACUUGCACAAUUGGUGGCUGACUAAAUACUUUUUUUCCCCACUGUAUCAGAUUUACAUAAGUAUUCAGACCCUUUACUUAGUACUUUGUUGAAGCACCUUUGGCAGAGAUUCCAGAUGUGACGCUUGGCAUUCAGGCCAAAUAGUUCAAUCUUGGUUUCAUCAGACCAGAGAAUCUUGUUUCUCAUGGUCUGAGAGUCUUUAGGUGCCUUUUGGCAAACUCCAAGCAGGCUUUCAUGUGCCUUUUACUGAGGAGUAGCUUCCGUCUGGCCACUCUACCAUAAAGGCCUGAUUGGUGGAGUGCUGCAGAGAUGGCUGUCCUUCUGGAAGGUUCUCCCAUCUCCAAGGAGGAACUCUAGAACUCUGUCAGCGUGACCAUCGGGUUCUUGGUCACCUCCCUGACCAAGGCCCUUCUCCCCCGAUUGCUCAGUUUGGCCGGGCAGCCAGCUUUAGGAAGAGUCUUGGUGGUUCCAAACUUCUUCCAUUUAAGAAUUAUGGAGGCCACUGUGUUCUUGACGACCUUCAAUGCUGCAGAAAUUUUUUGGUACCCUUCCCCAGAUCUGUGCCUCAACACAAUCCUGUCUCGGAGUGCUACGGAAAAUUCCUUUGAGAAAAUAAAAACAACUUUUUUCGCUUUGUCAUUAUGAGGUAUUGUGUGUAGAUUGAUGAGGGGGAAAAAAAUAAUUUAAUCAAUUUUAGGACAAGACUGUAAUGUAACAAAAUGUGGAAAAAGUCAAGGGGUCUGAAUACUUUCCGAAUGCACUGUACAUGCAAAUCACACAAUUGCUGGUACUUCAAAUAAUGAUAUUUGUGCUCUUCUAGCCUAACAUUAUCGCACAUUCAAUAUUUCAGCUAUAUUUCGCUGCAACAACGCCUGUUUUAGAUUAUGAGAAAAAAUAUCCCAACUUCUUCCGAAUGGUCACCUCGGACAACACAGUCAAUCAGGCUGUUGUGAAGAUCCUACAGAACUACAAGUGGAGGCGUGUAGGAACUCUGACCCAGGAUGUACAGAGGAUCUCAGAGGUACCACUGACCUUGGUAACACUUUCCGUCACAUGGCUGUUUCAGCUGGUGUACAAUGUAGACGUUAUCACCAUUUACAAGCAGGGAUACAAAGAUAUCAGGCAGUAGUCUAUUGAUUCAGACUGCUGACAACUAUGCUGUCUUAUCUGUGAAAUCUGAAGUUUAUAUUGUCCUGUCCUUGACAGAUAAGGAGAGAUCUGACUAAACAACUGAGCAAGGCUGAUGUUAUGGUUGCUGUAACUGAAAGCCUGUCCACUGACCCAUGUGUCAAUGUAAAGAAAUUGAAGGUGAGUUAUAUGCCCAAAUCAUCUUUACUUACAAUGUUUGAAUUAGACACUCAAUUGCAUAAUUUCAGAAAAUUGCAGAUGCAUCCUCAACGUGUCAAUCUCAAGGCUCUGCCUUUUCUUUGUUUUGUAUCAUGUCCCUUUCGACAGGAUAUGGAUGUAAGGAUCAUUAUUGGGUUGUUUGACGAGAAUUCAGCAUCUAAAGUGUUUUGCUGUGUGAGUACAUAACCAGAAAACCUCUGUUUAAAUCUGAUGCGAUGCAACACCAUGCCAUCAUUGAUGAUUAGCACUUGUUUGAGACAAAGAUUAAUGGCAGUUUAACAGAGCAUUCAUCAUACUAUUAUUUUUAAAUUAUCUUUAUGAUAACCAUUUGCCUUUGUAAUUACCCUAUAACCUUUUUCUUCUAGGCUUAUAGCCUGAACAUGUUUGGCAGGAGGUAUCAGUGGAUCCUCCCUGGCGGUUACCAUGGGAGCUGGUGGGAGAAGGCUAACUCCUCCAACUGUACUUCAAACAACCUGCUGACCGCUAUGGAGGGCCACAUCAUUGUGGACUUCACACACCUCAGUAACAGACAGAUCAAAGGCAUCUCAGGAAGGGUAGGUACUGAGGUUUUCAGCAAGGAACAGCAUAUUCCGUCGAUACUGUACCAUUCUCUCUCUGAUGGAUAAGUAGUGUUUAUAACAGAAAUUGGCCAUAAUGUUGAAAACAUCAAAUGGUGUAUUUGCAAUGUUGCAAAGGUAACACAAGAGCAUUAAGAUAAGUUAAACAAGCACCUUUGUGUUUCUGUUUAGACCCCACAAGAGUAUGACGAGACUUACAACAGAGAGCUGCUGCAGAAAGGGUUAGUUGCCAGCAAGUUCCAUGGGUUUGCCUAUGAUGGAGUUUGGGUGAUGGUGAAAGCAAUGACCAGGGUCAUUGAGUCGGUAAGAUACAGAGAGAGAUAUGACAUCCACCGGAACUUCACAGUCAGCGAUAAGGAGAUUGGACGAAUGGUCCUGGAUUCCAUGAAGGAAAUCCGCUUUGAGGGUGUAACUGUAAGUUAGCAUGACUGUUGUGUUAACAUUCCAUUUUAGAUAGAUCAUUGCUCCAAAAGACUAAAGAUAAGAUGUGUUUUACAAAUCAUUUUCUCAAAUUGACAGUUUCUUUUUUUUUUUCAGGGUCAAGUUCUGUUUAGAAAUGGUGAACGCAUGGGAACUAUUAACUUAAGCCAAUUUCAAGGUAAACAUUACAGAUGUGUAUUUCCAUGAAUUUAGAGAACAUUCUUUGUGAAAUAUUUAUCAACUGCUUGUGUUUCCACAGAGGGCCGGGAGGUCCAGAUAGGCCAGUAUAAUGCUGAAGCAGAAGUAUUGGAACUCAUCAACCACUUAAUCAGGUUUCAAGGUAGGAUCUACAGUAUUAGGACAAGGCAUUAAGCAAGUUCAUGAUGACACCUCAACUAUUACAAAAAUGACCACCAAUUUUCCAUUUGAGCUUUUUUUUUUUGACAGUCUUUGCAUUCUACUUUUUUGUGCCUUUCAUAGGGAUGGAGCCGCCUAAAGACCGGACACACUCCCAGCGGUGGGAUGUCAGUGUUCCCCUCUACAUCAUCUUGUCAUCCACCACUGGCCUGGCUAUACUCAUGGCACUCUCCUUCCUCUUCUUCCACAUCAAGUAUCGCAACCAUUGGUAUGAUCAUUAUUCCAAGCAUCUUGUAUUGGCUUGUAAUUGAACUAGAUACUUUUUGAGGUAGCUUACAUCGAAACACAAGCUUGUUUUUUCUUUCAUUGUUGUCCAUCUUACUUAGUCACAUGCUCUGCUCAGACAAGGCAGCCUGUUAAAAUAUCUCAAUAUUUAGUUUUUCCCAUAGGGUCAUUAAGAAGUCCAGUCCGUCCAUGAACUACCUCAUUAUCCUGGGUACGAUGCUGGCCUGUACCUCCGUCUUCCUCUAUGGGCUGGAUGGAUCCCUUGUGACUGACAAAGUGUUUGUCACGCUUUGCCCUGUGAGUACACAUGAGCUUAAAUGUCUAAGCAUUUUAGUGAUAAGGAGAGAGAACCCUUAUUUUAAAGGGAUGCAUAUUGUUUUAGACAUUUUCCUCCUCUUGUCACAUAUUCGCACAUGGAUUCUUUCUGUAGGAUACACCACAACUUUUGGGGCAUUGUUUGCAAAAACCUGGAGGGUCUGGACAAUCGUCAACAAUAAGGAGAUAAUGAAAAAGGUAAACUCAAAGUUUAAAAGGUAAGAGAUUGUACAGGCCUUUUAAUCGCCAUCUCUCCUGUCUAAUAUUUAAUAUUCAUCCUCUCCCUCUCUGUUCUUUCUUCAGAUUAUUAAGGAUUACCAACUAUGGAUUAUUGUCGGGGGAAUGCUGCUGAUCGAUCUGUGUCUCUUAACCUGCUGGCAG